ACGGUUGUCGUCUUCUUGUCUUUACUUUAUUUCUCACUUAUGAUUUAACUCUGUAGGUAUUCUGUAUGGGUUCGGCAAAAGGCAAAGAAAAGGCUUUAGAUGAUGGUAUAAAGGCUCAAACAGGCAAGAAAAGGAAGAAAGGUGAAGGAUCGUCAUCUACUCGUGCAUCAAAGAAGAAAAAAAUCGGAAAAUCAUCGGGAUUGAAAAAUGUGGAAGAUCAGUCCAUGUCAAAUGAACCAAAGAGAAAGAGGGGCAAAAAAAAGGUUUUUGCAAAUCCAAAGAAUGUCAAAUGUAGAAGACGCGUUCUGCAGAGCAAGAAUGGUGUUCAGCCGAAGGAGAAAGCAGACCACCCGCAGCUGAAGACUCGUACCACAACUAGAGCCUUCUUCAAAAAAUUGGCUGAAUUGAACGAUGCACAGAAGGCUGCCGUCCGGGAUAUUGGUUUCGGACAGAUAUUGGGGUUUAAUGUGAAUAGGGUGCCAUCCAAAAUGGCAUAUUGGGUGCUGGACAGAUUCAACAAUAGGAAUUGCACACUUGAGAUUGACAAUUUGACCAAGGUUCAAAUUGAGGAAGAUGAUGUCUACAGGGUGUACGGAUUUCCCAAGGGAAAAAAGAUCAUUAAGGAAUUUGAGCGCACGGCAGUAAAUGAGCUCUUUAUAGAGUGGAUGUCAUUCUUCGGUGUUGUGAAAAGAGAUAAAAUCAAAAUAAAGGCAGUGUUACGUCAUAUGAUUGACUGUGCAGAUGGCGGGACAUGGUUUAAGCGUCAUUUCGUCAUCGCUUUGUGUUUCUCGUUGAUGGAGAGUUGUACUAAUGGGACAGUACACCCGUACGUAUUUACAGCUCUGGCGAACAUCAAUGAAGUCAAGUCAUGGAAUUGGGGAGAGUAUCUAUUGCGUUGUUUGAUAGAUCACAAGAGAUCAUGGAUGGCGGACAAGACAAAAGUAUUUGGUGGGCCGACAUUGUUCUUAGUUCUUUUCUACGUGGAUAGGGUUCGGAUCGGUAGGGAAACUGUGCCUAGAAGUUUCCCUAUUUUCGUGAACUGGGAUGGAAAAACUUUGAAAAAACGUCAGGAAAAAGAGCUCGACGAUGAUUUCUUUGGAGGUGGUUCUGUUGCACCACCAAUAGAACUGCCAGAUGAAUACAAAGAAGAAGAACCAUUUGAAGAUGCACAUGGUGAAUAUAGGGGUCCCGUGGCCAGACAAUUGAUGAAGGACGCGAUAGUAAUUGGUCAGAUGAUCCGUAAAGCACGUGAGAUGGUUCAUAAAGUUUCAGCUGAGGAGAAGGAGUCAAAGUACUUCAAGGAUAGCUUGGUAGCAGCUUCAAAAAUUAUAGGAGUAAAGAUUGAUGUCGAUGGGAAGUUGCCUUCUAAGUUGCCUGAGGGACUGGAACCUGAAACUGACCCAUAUUGGUAUAUGGACGAAGUUCACGCUGCAGUUGAUGCAGCUUCAUCUGACGCUGCGCUUGAGAAAACAAGGCAUGUGGAUGUUGAUAUCCCGAGUUUCUCACUAAACGUUGAUGAAGUCGACCAAAACCUUGAGACCAAUGCUGGGGUUAUACAUGGAAGCGUGACUGAAAACCAUGGACAGAACGGUGGAGGCCAAGAUGACAUGACUGGGGAUGUCUUGGAACAAAAUGAAGGAGGAAAUACAAUGGAGACAUACACUGAGAUUCAGAAUAAGGAUGGGGUUAACGAUGGACCAGUUCCUGAAAACGGUGAAGGCAUAACUGGUGAAAACGUUGAAGGCAUAGCUGCAUCAAAGGAAUUAGCAAACGUCCAACACGCCGUCGGUGUCCAGCACGCCGUUAGUAAGGAGAAAAUGGUUCAAAGUUCAACCAUGGAUGAGGUUAUGACUGAUGCUGCAACUGGAAGUGAAAAGGUUCAAGGCGACAAUGUUAGUGACGUUGUCGUUGCUCGGAAGACAGUAAGACGUUCUAACAGGUUCUUAACUUUGACAAAGGAUGGGCUUAACGAUGGACUAGUUCCUGAAAACGGUGAAGGCAUAGCUGGUGAAAAAGUUGAAGGCAUAGCUGCAUCAAAGGAAUUAGCAAACGUCCAGCACGCCGUCGUUGUCCAGCACGCCAUUAGUAAGGAGAAAAUGGUUCAAAGUUCAACCAUGGAUGAGAUUAUGACUGAUGCUGCAUCUGGAAGUGAAAAGGUUCAAGGCGACAAUGUUAGUGACGUUGUCGGUGCUCGGAAGGAGGUCAGACUUUCUAACAGGGUUAAGGGAAACUUGGUGGGUGAUGCCGGAAAGCAUCUGCUUCGUCCUACCACAACAAAGACAGGGGUUGACGAGAACUCCAAAACAAUAGAUGUGGUGGAUCGGUUAGCAUUACAGGCCAUUGACACAAACAUUAUUAGUCCAGAAAGACGUGAGACUAAAGCACCCAAGCAGAGCAUGUUCUUGCAUACUUUAAAAUUCCGCUCACCCUAUUUUCAACGUGAUAUAAGCACUUCAAAACCGUUGAAAAAAAAUGAGAAGGAAGUGGGAUUUUAUGCCAUGUACUUGGAAAGUGGGGAGAACAAGGAAAUUUUAUUCGAAUUCAUGGAUAUACAAGUAAGGCGUUUCGAGAUGUUAUCAAUGAGAAGAGGCAAUGUGGUGAACAUUUCUCUUAUAGAUGCAUGGACGCUAGUUCUGAACUGGAAAGAGCAGUAUCGUUCAAAUAGUUCACCCCUCCGAUUUUUUUCUACGGCCAGCCUAUAUCUUGACAGUAUAGCUCCAGAAAAUUUAAGUCUUGAAUCACAAAGAGCUAAAUUCGUGAUGGAGUUAUAUGUGGAGUUGACGGAGUUUGGAAAAAAUCCAAUUGAGAACAUUGAUAUGUUUUUCUUCCCCGUAUAUGAACAAGAACGGUACUUUGCAUUGUGCGUGGAUUUAAAAAGGGAACGAAUCUUUGUGCUGGACAGUCUCAUAGACAUAUUAGGUGAUCAUGAUUUCAGGAAGUAUGACAGCCUUUGCACCAAAGUUCGUACACUAUUGGCGUAUUAUCUCAACUACAAAGAAGAGACCAUGAAGUCAAAAUCGGUGUCGAAUUCCAAAAUGCAAAUUGUCAAACUGAAGUGGGCGGACAAGAGAAAUACAUUGGACACAGCUAUUUAUCUUAUGCGCCACUUGGAGACAUUCAUGGGAGAUAGUUCGUCAAAUUGGAAGUGUGACAUGUCCAACAUAAGUACACGACAAAUCUCUCGAAUGCGGGUGAGGUAUUGCUCGUCCAUAAUAUCAUGCGCUAGGAACGAAGUGAAGAAAGAGAUUGAGGACAAUGCUGCAAUUGAAUAUCGUAAGAUUUGCAGUGAUCCAUCGGUUAACAUAGAUUCAGUCUUGGUGGGUUGA